UCCAGUCUGGAGUUGAACAUUGAAGAAAACGGCAGCAAAAAAUUUCAACUGCUCCUCAGCGUGUUAAACUGAAGCGACUCUGUGUGUUGAACCAAACAGCAAGGAAUCCAAUCAGACACUCACUCACACACACAUACACAUUCACACACACACACAUUCAUAUUCACACACCCUCACACACACACACACACAUGCACUCGUGUACAUAAAGCUUACAUAAAAUCUAAGGAAAAAUCGAUAAGAGUGCAUUUAAAAUUCAAGAACGAAAAGAAAGAAAAAUUCUCAAUUAGUUUCGCGUAUACAAAUUAAUUAGCCCAGUGAAAAAAAAAACGGCUAUGAAAACUAUGACUAAUCAGUGACGACAUUCGCGAGCUGUGCUUACACAAUUUCUCUAUACUCGAUAUAGAGUUGAGAAACUUUCGUAGUCUGAGGGACUUUUGCAACCAACUUUUGAGAUCGACAAAUUUGCCAAAAUGGUCACUGAAAAUGGAGCUCAGGGCGAUGGCAACACUUCCUUCCUGCGUGCCGCACGUGCUGGAAAUCUAGAGCGCGUGCUGGAGCAUCUGAAGAAUAACAUUGACAUCAACACCAGCAAUGCGAACGGUUUGAAUGCUUUGCAUUUGGCCUCCAAGGAUGGACACAUACACGUUGUCUCGGAGUUGCUGCGUCGCGGUGCAAUUGUGGACAGUGCCACCAAAAAGGGCAACACCGCGUUGCACAUUGCCUCGCUCGCCGGCCAAGAGGAGGUGGUGAAGCUGCUUCUUGAGCACAACGCUUCUGUGAAUGUGCAAUCGCAGAAUGGCUUCACUCCACUCUACAUGGCUGCCCAGGAGAAUCACGAUGCUGUGGUCCGUCUUCUGUUGUCCAAUGGCGCCAACCAGAGUCUGGCCACCGAGGAUGGCUUCACGCCACUCGCCGUUGCCAUGCAGCAGGGCCACGACAAAGUGGUCGCCGUGCUCCUCGAGAGCGACACGCGUGGCAAGGUGCGUCUUCCUGCGCUGCACAUAGCUGCCAAGAAGGAUGACGUCAAGGCUGCCACGCUGCUACUUGAUAACGAUCACAAUCCGGACGUGACCUCGAAGUCUGGCUUCACGCCGCUGCACAUUGCCUCGCACUAUGGCAACCAGAACAUUGCCAAUCUGCUGAUCCAGAAGGGCGCCGAUGUCAACUACUCGGCCAAGCACAACAUCAGUCCGUUGCACGUUGCCGCCAAGUGGGGCAAGACGAACAUGGUGUCGCUGCUGCUGGAGAAGGGCGGCAACAUCGAGGCAAAGACCCGCGAUGGCCUCACUCCCCUCCACUGUGCCGCACGCUCCGGCCACGAACAAGUGGUGGACAUGCUGCUCGAACGUGGUGCUCCGAUAAGCGCCAAGACCAAGAACGGACUCGCUCCCCUCCAUAUGGCAGCCCAGGGCGAGCAUGUGGAUGCUGCACGCAUUCUCCUCUAUCAUCGUGCCCCAGUCGAUGAGGUCACCGUCGAUUAUCUGACCGCGUUGCAUGUGGCCGCCCACUGUGGACACGUGCGUGUGGCAAAGCUGCUGCUCGAUCGCAAUGCGGAUGCAAAUGCACGUGCUCUCAACGGUUUCACGCCGUUGCACAUUGCUUGCAAGAAGAAUCGCUUGAAGGUCGUUGAGUUGCUGCUGCGUCAUGGCGCCAGCAUCAGUGCCACAACCGAGAGCGGACUGACGCCGUUGCAUGUGGCAGCGUUCAUGGGUUGCAUGAACAUUGUCAUCUACUUGCUGCAGCACGAUGCCAGCCCCGAUGUGCCCACUGUGCGUGGCGAGACGCCACUGCAUUUGGCCGCACGCGCCAAUCAGACCGACAUCAUUCGCAUUCUGCUGCGCAAUGGCGCUCAAGUGGAUGCUCGUGCUAGGGAGCAACAGACACCGCUGCACAUUGCCUCGAGGCUGGGUAAUGUGGACAUUGUGAUGCUGUUGUUGCAACAUGGCGCUCAGGUGGAUGCCACCACGAAGGACAUGUACACGGCGUUGCAUAUUGCUGCCAAGGAGGGACAGGAUGAGGUGGCCGCUGUGCUCAUUGAGAACGGCGCCGCCUUGGAUGCGGCCACCAAGAAGGGCUUCACCCCGCUGCAUCUGACCGCCAAGUACGGGCACAUUAAGGUCGCUCAGCUGCUGCUGCAGAAGGAGGCGGAUGUGGAUGCUCAGGGCAAGAAUGGAGUUACUCCGUUGCAUGUGGCAUGCCACUACAACAACCAGCAGGUUGCUUUGCUCUUGUUGGAGAAGGGCGCCAGUCCACAUGCCACAGCGAAGAACGGACACACUCCGCUGCACAUUGCAGCACGCAAGAAUCAAAUGGAUAUUGCCACCACGCUGUUGGAGUACGGAGCUCAGGCGAAUGCCGAGAGCAAGGCUGGAUUUACUCCGCUGCAUUUGAGCAGCCAGGAAGGACAUGCUGAGAUCUCGAAUCUGCUGAUCGAGCACAAGGCAGCGGUCAAUCAUCCAGCUAAGAACGGUUUGACUCCCAUGCAUCUGUGUGCCCAGGAGGAUAAUGUGAAUGUGGCCGAGAUUCUGCAGCGCAAUGGCGCCAACAUCGAUAUGGCCACCAAGGCGGGUUACACGCCUCUUCAUGUCGCCUCGCACUUCGGACAGGCGAACAUGGUGCGCUUCCUGCUGCAGAAUGGCGCCAACAUCGACAUGGCCACCAAGGCCGGGUAUACGCCAUUGCAUCAGACCGCUCAGCAGGGACAUUGUCACAUUGUUAAUCUGCUGCUGGAGCACAAGGCGAAUGCCAAUGCUCAGACUGUGAAUGGCCAGACGCCACUUCACAUUGCCCGCAAGUUGGGCUACAUUAGUGUCUUGGACUCGCUGAAGUCCAUCACGAAGGAGGAUGAGGCAGCUGCUGCUCCGGCACAGACUGAGGAAAAGUAUCGUGUUGUUGCGCCCGAGGCCAUGCAUGAAUCCUUUAUGUCCGACUCGGAGGAAGAAGGCGGCGAAGAUAAUAUGCUAUCAGAUCAACCUUAUCGCUAUCUGACCGUUGAUGAAAUGAAAUCCCUAGGCGACGACUCGCUGCCCAUUGAUGUGACCCGCGAUGAGCGCAUGGACUCCAAUCGCAUGACCCAAAGCGCUGAGUAUGCCAGCGGAGUGCCGCCCACCAUUGGCGAGGAGAUGAUCAGUCCACACAAGGCUCAGGUCUACGGAUCCUCACCCAAGGCAACCGUCGAUGGCGUCUACAUCGCCAAUGGCAAUGACAACGAUGAGCCGCCACAUGUGGGUCGCAAGCUGAGCUGGAAGAGCUUCCUGGUUUCAUUCCUGGUGGAUGCUCGAGGCGGGGCGAUGCGAGGCUGUCGCCACAGCGGAGUGCGCAUGAUCAUUCCGUCGCGCUCCACCUGCCAGCCGACGCGGGUGACCUGUCGCUAUGUGAAGCCACAGCGCACCAUGCAUCCGCCGCAGUUGAUGGAGGGCGAGGCUUUGGCCAGUCGCGUCCUUGAGCUGGGUCCCUGCUCGACGAAAUUCAUCGGUCCCGUUGUCAUGGAGGUGCCGCACUUUGCCUCCCUGCGUGGCAAGGAGCGUGAGAUCAUCAUUCUGCGCUCCGACAACGGCGAAACUUGGCGCGAACACACUAUCGACAACUCCGAGGAGAUUAUACACGAUGUCAUGCAGCAAUGCUUUGAGCCAGAGGAGAUCGCACAAUUGGAGGAGCAGGCUGGCAAUCAUGUGUGUCGCUUUGUCACCUACGAUUUCCCGCAGUACUUUGCUGUCGUAUCACGUAUACGCCAGGAGGUACACGCCAUUGGACCCGAGGGCGGCAUGGUCUCGAGCACUGUGGUGCCUCAGGUGCAGGCCGUCUUCCCGCAGGGGGCGCUGACCAAGAAAAUCAAAGUUGGCUUACAGGCCCAACCAGUUGAUCCCGAUCUCACUGCUAAGCUGCUGGGUCGCGGGGUCGCCGUCUCACCGAUUGUAACGGUCGAGCCGCGACGUCGCAAAUUCCACAAGGCCAUCACACUGAGCAUGCCCGCUCCAAAGGCACACAGCCAGGGUAUGAUCAAUCAGUAUUCGGGCAAUACGCCAACGCUUCGCCUGCUCUGUUCGAUCACAGGCGGACCGUCCCGUGCCCAAUGGGAAGAUGUUACCGGCUCCACACCGUUGACAUUUGUGAACGAUUGCGUCUCAUUCACAACGACAGUCUCAGCUCGCUUCUGGCUAAUGGAUUGUCGUAAUAUUUCCGAUGCCACAAAAAUGGCAACAGAAUUGUACAAGGAAGUCAUUCACGUGCCGUUCAUAGCCAGAUUUGUGGUGUUUGCCAAGAAGAUUGAACCCUUCGAGGCGCGUCUGCGUGUCUUCUGCAUGACCGAUGAUCGCGAGGAUAAGACGCUGGAGAAGCACGAACUGUACACAGAGGUGGCCAAGAGCCGCGAUGUUGAGGUACUCGAGGGCAAGCCACAGUACAUUGAAAUGGCUGGCAAUCUGGUGCCCGUCACAAAGUCCGGCGAUCAAUUGCAGCUGCAGUUCAAAGCCUUCCGAGAGAAUCGUCUGCCCUUCACAGUUCGGGUCAAGGAUCAGCAUGCCGACAUUGUGGGACGCACGCUGUUUAUGAAGGAACCGAAGGUGGCCAAGGGUGAGCCGCCGCAGCAACCCAUCUGCAUACUCAAUAUCGUACUGCCCGAAGCGGUUAUACCCGAUUCGACAACCGCGUUCUCGGAGCGCGUCUCCUCGGCUUAUCGUACCUCGAUGUUCAGCUUGAGCAAGCAUCAAAAUGAUCAUUACAUCGGCGACAUACGCAUUGUCGAUCUCUCCAAUUUGUUGGGCAAAGACUGGAUACAAUUGGCGCCAGAGAUUGGCAUCACAACGGAUGAGAUCGAUGAGAUCAUUAACCACAAUACCGACAGUAUUGCGCGACAAGCGCAGAGCAUGAUUCGGCUCUACAAAGACAAACCCAACUAUGAAAUACUGGCACUGGAAACAGCGCUCAAGAAUAUUGGACGCGAUGACAUCAUGAAGAAGUGCAAGAGUGGCCGACUUUCGCAUUCGCGGGAGUUCGACGAGGCUGAUCUCAUGAAGAACUCCGAAUCCGUCGAGGAGUUGGUGCGCAGAGAAAGUAAGCGCAUACAGCAGAUCAAUGAACGCGAGGAAGUCAAGUACUCCGCUGAGGAGAAGGAAAUUGAAGAGUCCGAGUCUGAUGAGGAACAAGCCAAACGCACAGUUGCCGAGCGCCGUGAGAAGAUCGUCAAGCGUCUCUCCAUGGAACGCUCCAUUCCUGCCUCCACACAAAAGAAGGAAAUCACACGUGAAAUUACCGAGAUCAAACGCAAGAGUUUGAUUGAGGACAAAAAGGCACAUCACGAGUCCGAGAUCCUUAUGCAGCUACCCGCCGACAAUGUCAUCAUCAAGACUGCGUCAGUACCUGACCAGGUCAUCAAGAUGAAGAUGGGCAAAAUGGAUUCGACGGAAAUCAGCAAAACCGACUUUGACAAAGAGUUGACGCACAAGCUAAAAACUUCUGGACGCAGCUCGGAGGAAGAAGAGCUGCCUUCACCUGAAAAGAUUGACAAGAUUGUCCAGGACAUUAGCACUGCUGAGAAGACAUCCAAGGACACGGCAACCACAAGCCGCAUGGCUUCCAUAACUCGCCAGGAAGCACGCGACAUUACCGAGGACUUCCUGGAGUUUGAGAAACGUAGCCAACUGCCAGCUUCAACGACACCCACAUCGAUAACUGUCCACGAGAAGUUCGUCGAGGAGUUCAAGGAGAAGACGAGUCCAGUGGCAGCAAUGCCACAGGAAACGAUCAAGGAAGUCGAACAGGUUAUCAGCGAAGUAACUGAGACUGCCAGCAAAAAGGUGGAAAAUAUUAUCAGCUCCUUCGAGUCUGGCAAACAGGAAAUCAAGGAGGAGAUCAAGGAGCAGUCCACUGAAGUUGUCUCCGAAACGAAGAAGGUCAGCGAAACUAUUAAGCAUCUGCAGGAUGCGCAGUCAUUGUCAAUGGAACAGGUUUCCAAGACUGUGGAAAUUGUCGAGAGCACAAAGAUUGAUGAGAAAAUUGCCGAUUUCGAGGCCAAGAAGGUCAAGUACGAUUUCCAUGGUGGUGAGCCCAAGACACAAAUUCCCAAACUGAUGAAGAAACCCAGCGAGGAGCCACUGAAGCCCACGGCAGCACCUCGUGCCACAGCUGAGACUGUAGAGGUCGAGAAACCAGCUGAAGCCAAGGUGGAAAAGCCCAUUUCCAAAAUACCAGUGAAAACUGGAAUGGAAAUUGAUGCACGUAAGAUUACACAAGAUUUUCUGCAAUCUGAACAGAAGACCCAGUUGGCAGCCGAACCUAAGGCAGCUCCAGCUGCUAGUAAAAUACCCAAGGUUGAGCCCAGAAAGUCUGUCGAGAAACUGGCAGAGAAAGAUAUCAAAGUAUUUGAUGACAUUGUAACAUCAACUGCCACAAUUAUGACAUCAGGCAUGGCUUCCGAGCUGCCAAAGGAGCAGGCGGAAGUUGCUGCCAAGGGCGAGACUGUCACAGAGAAGGUAACGGAGUUAAUCGAUACCUUCCACAAGAUCGAGGAGAAGGUUACGAAAACGGAGAAGCCCGCUGAAAUAGCCAGCAAGUUGGAAAAGGAUUUAAUCUCCGUUCAGCCCAAAGAAGAUAAGGUGGCCGAAAAGGUAGCCGAGGUAGUUGAGACUUUCCAUAAAAUCGAGGAGCAAAUCGUGCUUGAUAGCCACAAGCUAACUCAUGAUUUCCUGAGCAUGGAACAGCAAAGUCAACUGCCAAGCAUGCCACCAAAAACUGAGACGUCAACAACUUCUGAGCCCGAGACCGUAAUCUCUGUGAAGCCAGCAGCACCAGCUAGCAAAAUCCCUCAACCAACGUCUACUGCUGAAAUUCUGCCCAAGUCGGAAAUAGCUGCCAAGGCCGAGACUGUGACCGAGAAGCUAACCGACUUAAUAGAUACCUUCCACACAAUCGAAGAGAAGAUUACAACAACGGAAAAGCCCGCUGAAAAAGCCAGUUUAAUCCCCGUUCAGCAGGAGCAGCCCAAGGAAGAUAAGGUGGCUGAAAAGGUAGCCGAAGUAGUAGAGACUUUCCACAAAAUCGAGGAGAAAAUCGUGCUUGAUAGCCACAAGUUAACUCAUGAUUUCUUAAGCAUGGAACAGCAAAGUCAACUGCCAAGCAUGCCACAAACAACUGAGAAGAUUAUCAUCUCCAGCCAGACAUCAACAACCUCUGAGCCCGAGUCCGUAAUCUCGGUGAAGCAAGCAGCACCAGCCAGCAAAAUCCCUCAGCCAACAACUACUACUGAAAAUGACUCAGUACUUGCAGCAAAGCCAGCACCUCCAGCUAGUAAAAUUCCAGUGGUUGAACCCAGAAAAUCAUUGGCUGAUGAAGCCAUCAAACCAGCAGCUCCAAAAGCGCAACUUACCGAGGACUUCCUCAACAUGGAACAACAAACACAGCUGCCAGCUCAGCCUAUUAAGAGCACAGUCAGUGAACUGAUUAUAAAUACCGCCAAUAUUGAAACGACAAUCCUGCCUGAAGAUGUCCAGCCCCAAGAGGCCACAAUUAUUGAAAAAGUUGAACCUAAGCCAGCUGCCGAAUCGCAGCUAAUUUCUGGCGAUGGCAUCGAGUCGGCGGCACCAAUUGGUGAAGUCUCACCAUUUGCCACACGCAAGAUGACCGCCGAUUUCCUGGCCAUGGAACAACAAACACAACUUUCCUGUGAAUAUGACAGUGACACCUUUGGCAAGCGAGCCACUGUGCCUCUAAGUGAGACCAUCACAAAGGAUGAAGGACUCGUGGCUCCGUUAUCGAUCGAGCCACGCAAGUCCCUCACCGAUGCCGAGUUCUGCAAAUAUGUCGGCGACACCAUCACCAAAAAGAUGAGCGAGGGUUUAAUUGAGAUGACUGAUGAGCUCAAACAAAUCGCGAGUGACAUUCCACAUUCCCAAACUCCACCACCAACACCGAGUGACGCCAAAACUGAAAAGCAGACUGAGCAGCCCGAUCAUGGCAGCUUAGAGCGUGAUUAUCUAGCCGACACUGUGACCACAUUGCACUCGACCACAGAGUCGACUUUUGAACGUGUCGCUGCCAUUUCAACAAUUGAAGGCCUUACAAAAACUUCAAUUGAACCAGUCUCCAUUCAGCAUACAGUUCAAAUUUCUCAACAAAGUGGUGAUGGUGUUAAAGUUGGUGAUGAUCACGAUGAUGGUGAUGGUGAUGAUGGUCGUGAUGAUGAUCGUGAUGAUGCAGUCGAUGAUCGUGUGGCGCGCAUACGCGAGGAAGCCAAAAUUCUUGUCGAUCAUGUGCUCGAAGAGAGCGUUGAUUUCAUUGAGAGCCAUGGCGACCAGACCAAUGGUCUGCACGAUUCCAUAAAGCACGAAUAUAAUUCUGAGAGUGAUAACUAUGCCAUCACAUGCGAUGAUAUUGGCGGCGUUGAUGUCAUCAAAUCGCCAACCAUUGAGUCCAUGUCCGGCAAAUCAUUCGAUGACAAUAUGAGUUUUACCGAUGAGCACAUACAUUUACCCUUGCAUGCCCAAAACAUAACAGCUACAACAACAACAACAACAGUUAUCACACAGAUCCAACAACAACAACAACAACUAAGUCAACAGAAUCCGCAGCAGCAGCCACAAUCCCUGAUCAAUGUUGCAGCCCCAUCAACAGGGACAGCAAAAGUGCAUAGUGAAGCUGCCGCUGAUAAAUCGGAGGUGCGUACUAGACGCAUCGAUCACAAAAUUGAUAAACUAUCGGCAGAGCCACUAGACGAUGUGAGUGCCCGCUUCGAUGAGGCAUUCGAGACGGCAGUGCAGGAGGAUGAGAUAAGCGGUCUUCAGGGCGAAUUCUCGAAGCUCAGUUGGGACGACAGUGUAUCGCCCACGACAAACACUAUGGCCGAUAUGGCUCAGAAUCAAUUAACGCCUGAUAAUGAUAUACAAGAGUUGACGACAGAAACAGGCGGCGAUAUACCAAUCUCAACAGAUACCACUCCCAUACCAACGCAAGCAGCACAACCACCAACAGCAGCUGAACCUCUGGUCGAAACCAAUACAAUCACGACCACGACCAGCCAUGACACACCCACACCAAAGCCUCGCGUACUCAAAGCAAGCUCCCCCGUCUCCAUGACCGCGUCCGUUUCCAUCUCCGAUGGCACCGAUAGCACAACCAUUCCAACUCAAGUGCAACAACCCGACUUACCAAUUGAUAUAAGCAUCGAUGCUGCCGCACCAGUUCCGAAGCCGCGUGCUCCCAUCAAGCACAACGAACAGUUUGAGAAUCUCGCUGCCUUGGGCGAACAAUCGGAUAGCAUUAGCUUGCGUAGCUUUGAUUUCACCGACGAACUCUCAAAAACCGACGAACCCUCAACGGAGCUGUCGAUCCGUUCGCAGCAACGCGAUGUGGUGACCACCGCCACUGCGACCACAACUGCCUCUGAGGAUCAUACCGAAAGCUUUGAGCCAACGAGCGAAAUUUCAGUGGAUGAUGCAGACACUGAGAAAUCGGACGGUGGGGAGAAAGCAACUAGCUUUUACAUCGGUGAAUCCAGUCGGAAUGUUAUUACCAAAACUUCGACAGCAAAGUCGCCUAGCCUAACGCCACAGGAUGAAGAGGCCAAGAUCAUUGAGGCCAAGGAUAUUUGUCUAAUGAAAGAGGUCUCCGUUGACUCCGAUGAGGCCAAUGAUGCCUUCAAAGAAUUUGUUACCAUGAAACCAGAUGAUUCCUUUGCGUUGGAUAGCAAAAUUGUCAGACAGGGCUCAGAGACUCGCAAUGAUAUCCUGGAAUUUGAAAAUGUUGACAAGGAAAAAUCCACGGAUGCCAAGAUGUCUAAGGUGACCACGGAAGAGAGUUUAACAACAUCAACUGGCUCAAGUGGUCGCGCUGUCAUCGAGAUAGCACCCUCAAGUAGCGAAGAUCCCGAUGAAUCGAGCAAGGAAAUUCCAGAAAUUGUCAAUACAAUCAUUGAAAAACAGGAAAAAUUCGAGUUACCCCUGGAGAAGAGCGAAUGGGAGAUUUCUGAAAAGGAAAUUCCCGCUGCCAGCAAACCAAAAGUGGUUCAUUCACCACAACAACCACAGGAAUCCAUGACGAAGAGCGUUCUUGGCGAGGCACUCGUAGGUGAACCCAUUGCAGAGGUGCAGGAAACCGCGGAACUAAUUAAAAAGGAAUUUAAACUGAGCACAGAACCUCAGGAAACUUUUUCAGCUGCUGCAGAACCUGAGGAUUUAUCCUCAUUCAUAGGCAUUCCCGAUAUGCAAGCCUCCUCAAUUGACAGCACCCAGCCACCAGAAGGCCUCUUCGACACCACCAUCAGGGAGACACUAAAUAAGCAGGCAGCCAUGGCGCAUUAUGCCAAGGAUGUGUUUGGUCAAGUGGAGCGCCGUGACGAUCAUGGUUCUCUUGGAUUCGUUUCCACCGGUACAGCUGAAGACUUCAGUUCCAUGGAGGAGCAUUUGGCCAAGGAAGAGCAGGGCUCACUGGGUUUCAUAUCCACUGAAACAGCUGAGGAUUUUAGCUCAAUGGAAGAUUACUACACGGAAAGACUAGCCACAGCUUCAGUUGUUGCUGAGGAAAGCGUAGCCGACAAAUCGUCGGCCAGCGCAUUUGAAGAAGUUGUCUCGGAUCAAAGCAUUAAGCCAGUCGAUUUAGUAGUCCAUCGCAUUAAAACUGAUUCGUCACCGGAGUCCAUGAACCGUUGGUCCAUUCCCGAUGUGGAUAACUCGAGCUCUAGCGAAAGCUACCACAAGAGUUUCGAAAAGUCACAAAGCCGUCCGCUUUCGUCGGACGUUGAGAAUUUGCUCACAGGAACUGGAACUUCCAGUGAAUAUCAAACAGCCAUGGAAUUUACAUCAACCUGCCGCGAUGGCACCGAAUACAUGAGUGCUGUGAGCACCUUGCGCAGCAGCAGUGGCAAGUCCAUCAGCUCCCAUGAGAGCAUGCGCAGCUUGGACUCACAGUCAGAAACAUCAGCCAAUCUGGCAAGCAUUGAUGUAUCCGAGCUAUCGGAAACUUUGGUAGCUUCAUCAACAGAAGCCGAUGCAUUGGAAGCUGAGGAAAUGGCACGUCUGCAUGAUUUGCGUGCCGAUGACGAUGAUAGUGACGAAAGCUUGGAUAUGGCAGCCUCAGCUUAUCCCAGCGCUGAGCAACAGAGUCUCAUGAAGCGCUCACAAGAAAUGAUCUUCAAACCAAAGUCCGAAUCAGAUGCUUUGCCUCAACAACCAGCAACGGAAGCUGUGCAGAUUGAAGAGUAUCCCAAGCCAAAGGAAACCGAACGCACUUGGGGUCUAGCUUAUCCUAUGGAUGAAAAAGACAGCAAAAUUGAUAGUCCCAGAGAUAGCGAGAAAGGCGAAGAUAUACUAUUGUAUCACGGCGAUGCCAGACGUUCAAUUGACGAAUCUAAAUUAGCAUCGAGCUUGGAUGAAGGCAGUAUACUCUCGGUCAGCAUGUCGAGCACAUCGAACAUUGACACAGUUGUGGAGAACUUUGAGGAUAUUAUCGGUUCAGCUGGAUCGUCAUCAUUGACGGGCAUUGAAGGUUUCCAGUAUGGUCACGAUGAAAUGGUGCCAUCCGCAUCAUUGCCCGAGGACACCACUUUCGUGUUGGAAAUGGAAAGCAAAGAGCAUUCACCUCAAGACUCUAACGCCAGCACUCCACCUGGUGGUGAAUCAAAGCGUCGCGGCCACAAACGUAAUGAGAGUACCACAAUUUCAGGAGAUGCCUUGAAAAAUGUCGACAAAGAUGCACCAUCGCCAGGCGAAGGCAAGGAAUCAGAGAGCGAGUCGGAUACAGAUCCCUACGAGUCAGAGUAUGCUCGUCAAUUCCGCUCACCAAAAGAACGAAAAAAUAAGAAAAAGAAGCAAGCGGCAGCUGAAAUGGAUCACAGUGCCGAGCUGGAGAAACGUCCUUUCACACCAUCUCAACUUGUAGCCGAGGUAAUUGUCGAGGAUGCCACCGAGGAACUGGAAGCAGAGGCAGCCAUGAUUGAGGAGCGUCGACCAUCGCAAAACAUGCAAGACUAUUCUAAUAUUCCCGACAUUAUGGUAACCGAACACGUGAAAUCUCCGAUUGAGGAGGAAUCCGAUGAAUUUCCCGAGAAGAGUCUGUACAAGGUGCGCACCGAAGAGGAGCUAAACAAGGCCAGUGAUGUGGAAGCGUAUAAGGCCAAGGCCGAGGAGAAGGAACUCGACUUCCAAAGGCGUGUGCAGGAGCAGUAUAAACAGAAGCUCGAGGAACUGAAACGCGCUGAAAUCGGAGCCGAUUAUGAUGAUCAUAGAGCAGCCGAUUCCCCAGACUCCUUUGAAAUGGUUGAGCAGCCCGAUAUCUCCGAUGAGUUUGUCAUCAUCGAAGAGGUGGCCAAGGAAGCCAACGAAGUGGAUCUUGGUGGCAAGAGCAUCAAAAUCAAACCAACAAAGUACGAGCAAAAGCACGAUGAGGACGUUGAGAAGAUUAUCAUCAAAUCCGCACCAGCGGAUCCUAAGCUUGGCUCACAGCUCUACAAGGACGACCUGAACUUUGAGUUCGAGGAAAGUCCACCAACAGGAGCCAGCAGCAGCAGCGAGCAGCCGGAGGAGAGCGACUCAAGUGACACAACGGCAGCGAAUAAGCGUUGGGUCGAGAUGCAGCUAACUGAUACCCAAUUGCGUUAUCCGUAUGAUCUCACGGGUGCCGUGCUGGAGGACAUCAAGGAGGAGGACGGUGAAUUCGAGGUGGGCAGCAGUCGCAUCAGCAGCUUCAAGGACUCUUUCUCGAGCACACCCGAAUACGAUUUGGCAGCACGUCGUUACCACUCUCGUGGCGAACACGACGAUGUGUCCAUGAGCAGUCUGCAGGAGUUCGAAUCCCUGGAGCAGGCCAUCUCGCUGGAGAACCGCAAUCGAGGAACCCACCAAGGCUCCACGGACUCCAGCAACGGCAGCUUCACUCGCCGCUACAUAGUAAGACACAGCGGCAGUGGAGCAGCGCCUGGCGAUGAUGUUUCCAUAUCCAGUCUGAAGGAUUUCGAGGGUCUGGAGAAUGCAUGCAUUGAGGCGCAUCUCAUCGAGAUCAAGGCCAAGGAAGAGGCGGCGCUACUGUCACGAUCCGACGAAUCCAACAAAUCCAACGGCAGUGAAAAUGGCGCCGUUGGCAAUGUGGUGGUCACCAAGGUAACACGUACAGUCACCCGCACCGAGGUUGUGCCCUCGGGUCAGGCGGAAAACCUGGAACUAUUGCUCAAGCAACAACUGGAACGAGAGGAAUCCGAUGCCAAGGCUGGCAUAACCACAGUCAAGGGGGCAACUGAUAUUGUCAGCAGUGAGUUGGAAGGCAAGUCGAAGAUUGACAGCCAGGAUUCCGAAAAGGACAGCAUCGACAGCAUGGAGAUCAGAAGUCAUGACAUGAUGACCAGCAGCAUCGAGAGUUUCGAUAUAUCAAAGGAUGCAACGACGAGAUCGGACAUCGAUUCGCUCGAAAUUGACAAACGUCAUUCGCGACAGGAGAGCAUCGAAUCGUUUGGAGACGAGCAAAUGGAUCUGAUGUCCAAACUGGUCAGUGGAGGCGGGGUGACAUUGGGCGAUGGCUUGACCACAACCACAACGACAACAACGACAAGCACAGAUGCCGAUGGCCAAGAGCAUACGGUAACUAGAGUGAUAACCACAACGACAGUCGCUGGUGGCAUUCAAGAGUUGCCCAUGGACGAAAGCUACAUGUCCAAGGAUCUCUCUGUGGACUCAUUGAAUCUGUGCAUUGAGCAGACGACAAGCUCAGCGGGCACCACAGCCACGUAUCAGACAAGUGCCGGCAAUUCACAGAUGUCGGGCAGCGUGACAAGCUGUGCAUCGAGUACAUUAAUGGAGGAUUCAUUCCCUGGUGUGGGUGGCAUGUCGUCGUCACAAAUGUCGGCCAGUUUCUGGUCGCAUGACGAGUCCACGGUGGUUGAGGAUGAUGAUCCAAAGACGACGCAAGAGCAACGCCAGUGAAUCUCGAGGAUUGAGAGAAUUACGAGUUACGAUUUAUAAAAUAUAUGAGUGAAGGGCUUGAACAAUGACAUAAGAAUAUUUGGCUAGACAUGAAGUCCCAUUAAGGAUGACAUGGAUAAGGACCAUGAAACACACUGGAUGAAGCGCCAACUCUAACAAGAACAACAUCACCAAGUUGACACAUCACUGAUUUGAAGACCACUUGAACUUAUCGAGUAUCGAUUUAAAAAUGAAUGGAAAAACUUAAAGAAAAUACGAAAAAGACAAACAAACUAGCAAAAUUCGGCAUUUUUUCAUAAACCUAAACAUUUUAAAUGAAUUCGAAAUGCAUACAUGAGUUUUUAAAUAAACAAAUAUAUAUAUUUUAUAUAUUUAUAAAAACUAUAAAAUCGCAAAAUUGAUAUUGAAUAUGGCAAGCAUUAGCUGUUUCGCAUUUUCGUAUAAUUGGCUUUAAUAAGUAUUAAAAAAAACUGUAUGAAAACACAAAAAAAAAAACAAUCGAAAUAUUAAAUAAAAUGAAAAGAAGAAUUUUUUGUGCUAAUCGCGUUGUAAUGAAAUGCAAAAUGAAUUUUUGCUUUUAAUUUUGAUGUAGUUAUAUUUACUUUUAUGUACGUACUUAAUAAAUAAAUCGCUUAUUAUUGUAGUUUAAUUUAAGCAAAAUAUACAAGUGCAUACACAUACAUAUUGUAAAGAGCAAGUACGUAGAUUGAAGGCCUGGGAAGUGAAAUGCUUUUAAAGUCUCAUUUUUUACAAGAACCAAGCAAAUUUUUACGCUUGCAUAUUUUAAUGAGAAAUAUACAUACAGAAAUACUUAUACAAUAAACAAAGUGAAAUGCAUACAUAGAUAAAAUUUAAAAUACAAACAAUUAAAUACUCAUAUACAAUAAAGACACACACUAUAUGGUUAUUAUCCACAUAAAAGCCGCAGCAUUCAAAUGAGACAAAAUCAUAUACAAUACCAGUACUUACUGCUAAUUUUCGUAUUGCACACCUUACAGUGUACUUAAAAUAAUAUACUUACAACUUAUUACAAGAUUCAAAUGUUUUAGCAUCGCCAGUGUAAUGGGUAAUAAAUACUUAUAAUAAUAUUUGUGUUAAAAAACAUACAGCAAACUUAAAACCAAAAAAAAAAAACAAA